AUGCUACUCUUCCCCGACGGCGACACCAACGGCGGCGAUGCCAGACGUGAUCGCCUUGCCGCCUUGCCUGAGGAGCUGCUCUUUGAGACGCUCAACCAGCUUUCUCAAAAAGACUUAUGCAAUGUGUCGCGAUUGAACAAACGGUACCACAGGCUGGCCGAUGCCGUCUUGUACAAAAGCGUUCACUUCCAAAGCCCGGAGCUUCAUCUCACAUUCAGCGAGUCACUAGGCCGUCGGCCACGCCGUGGUUCAGCUAUCAACGAGGUGAAAUUGGUGUACCCUAAUGAGGAAUUGUCGCGACUGGCUUUGGACGGACCUGUCCACAACUCUCAUUACGAUCCCACGCGCUCUGAUACCCUCUCGCGCACGCUCUCCGUCAUGUCAAACUUGGAGAAGCUCGACAUUGCCGUGCCAGAAGUUCUAUUGCGCGGUAUCGGGACCCUGUUCAACGGACCCUUCGACUUGGCCUACCUUAAGGAGUGUACGCUCUUCUACCAGUGCCCCAACGACGCCUAUUGGGACCUGCGAGAAAACAUCCACAUAUUUGCCCACCCAACGCUGGAAACUCUGGUAAUCAAGAGGGCCAAGCUUGACGAGAAAGGGUUCGACUUCAUGGAGCGGCCCCACGAGACAGCAUUGAAAAGGUUGCAUUUCAUCGAAUGCGACAUCAACGACGAUGGGCUAUCGGACCUUCUCGAAUUUCCAGAGGGGCUGGAGGAGUUCGUGAUGACGCAAACGUCAGAACCGAGACCAGAACUGGAGGAGAGUUCCGACAAUUUCGCCGACUACGUGCUCGCGCUCACAUCUCAGGCGCACUCUCUGAAGACGUUGACCAUCGAUUCACCGACGCUUGGGUGCCGCAAGCCGUUGAGAAUGAGAGAGUUUGAGGCGCUCAAGACAAUGCGAAUGAACUGGGAUUAUCAACUUUUCGGUCAAACGUCCAAGAAACCACGAAUGCACUCGGUCGGCCUCCCGCCCGAAAUGGAAACCUUGGAGUUCUUCAACGAGAUGGGCACGGAUGAGGAGGUGACGGACCUCUUGCUCUACACAGUCCAGACUAGGAGCAUUGUCGCUAAGACGUGGAGGACAUUCGUUGUGGUCGAGGGCGACGACGGAGUGUCUGCAGAGAUUAAACAAGCAUGCAAAGAACAGGGUCUGAAGCUGGAUAUUAUUGGUGGAUUCGACACGGAAGGUGACCUUGACUAG